AUGAGCCAGAAGAUGGCGAAGGAAGGGCCCCGCCUCUCCAAGAACCAGAAGUUCUCGGAGCACUUCAGCAUCCAUUGCUGCCCACCCUUCACCUUCCUCAACUCCAAGCGGGAGAUCGUGGACCGCAAGUACAGCUUGUGCAGGAGCGGCUGCUUCUACCAGAAGAAGGAGGAGGAUUGGAUCUGCUGCGCCUGCCAGAAGACCAGAUUGAAGCGCAGAAGCAAGCCGGCCCCCAGAAAGAAGUAA